AUGUACGACCAGGACAUAACGGAAAGCAACCAUAGUCACUCUGGCGAUGACAGUCCUCAUGAGGCCAGUAGUGAGAGAGAUUCGGAAAAGGGUCUCCUGACGGGCGAUUUCGCCCCAAGGCCAACAGAGCACCGCUCCAAGUAUCAUGGACCACGCUCACGGCGAUGGAACGUUCGCUCUUGCGCCUGGACGUUCUGGCUCACCUGUAUCAAUAUUACUAUGCUAUGCGGAUCUGUUCUCUUCCUGAUGUCGCCCCUCUCGAGUGGGGCCUGCCUGCAACAUCUGAACGACCAGGAUAAAUGGAAAGCAUCCUCAGCCUAUGCCCCAAUAUUUGAAAGAUUCGACAUCCCCCGACAGGAGCUCAUUACAAACGGCUCACUGUACGAUGGCUCCCCACCGUCCAUCCUGCGCAUCCCCCAGGGUGAUGAAGCGGACGCGGAGUGGAACCGCAUCGGCUCCCACGUCUUCCCAAUCCUUAUAUCAGCCGAGGAGGUCCGCAAACUGGGCAAGGAUCCCUCCCUUGCCGUCCGGGUGCCUGAUGAAUUCGGCUUCGGGCCAGACGCCUACCUCGCCCAGACCGAGGUCUUCCACCUCCUGCACUGCCUCGACAUGCUCCGGAAGGAAAUCUCCUACGAGCAUUACUAUUUCCCAAAGUUUGGCAACAAUCCGGACGCGCAGCAUACGGCGCACAUUGGGCAUUGUGUGGAUCUGCUGGCGCAGUUCAUCAAGUGCCAGAGCCCUGUAGAUGUGAUACUGUUUAAUUGGGUCGAGGGCUGGGAUCAGCCGUUUCCGGACUUCUUUAAUAAGCAUGUGUGUGUGGAUUUCGAGGCAUUGCUGGCGUAUAUAAAUGAGAAUUCGGUGCCGAAGGACGUCUUUCUGCAGAUGAAGGAGCCUCCAGCGGGGUAUCCUGUUCAGCCAGAUCCUUCCGUUGCUCCAUUUGUGGGUACCUGA